UGUCACUAUUAUUUUACACAGAAGGAAACACCUCUUGCCAAUGCUGCUUUCUGGGCUGCUCGGAAAGGAAACCUGGCACUUCUCCAGCUGUUGUUAAACAGCGGCCGAGUCGAUGUGGACUGCAGAGACAGUGCUGGAACUACAGCAUUGAUGGUGGCAUCCUAUGGAGGACAUACCCAGUGUGUACGGGAACUGGUAUUACAUGGGGCUGACAUAAAUCUCCAGAAAGAGAGUGGUGCUACUGCCUUGUUUUUUUCUGCCCAACAAGGUCACAAUGAUAUAGUGAAAUUCCUUUUUGAAUUUGGAGCCUCUACAGAAUUUAUUACAAGAGACGGAGGAACGGCAUUGCUGGCUGCCUGCCAGCAUGGACACACCAAAGUGGUUGAAACUCUUCUGAAGAAUGGAGCCAACAUUCAUGACCAGCUUUUUGAUGGGGCAACUUCACUAUUUCUGGCUGCACAGGGAGGGUUUGUGGAUAUCAUUCGAUUAUUGCUUACGUAUGGGGCAAAGGCGAAUCAGCCACGCCAGGAUGGAACCACUGCUCUUUGGAUAGCAGCACAGCUGGGGUUCAGUGAGGUGGUCAGGGUGCUGCUGCUAAGAGGAGCUGAACGAGAUGCUUUACGAAUUGAUGGCACUUCUGCUUUGUUUAAAGCUGCUGCUAAGGGUUUCAGCGAUGUUGUAGAAGAACUGUUGAAGUUUUCUCCCACACUUGGUGUUCUGAAGAAUGGAUCCACAGCUCUCCAUGCUGCAGUGCUCAGUGGAAGCAUCAAGUCAGUGGCCCUUCUCCUGGAAGCAGGAGCCAAUCCUUCAAUCAGAAAUAAGGUCAGUGAAUUACCAGCAGACCUCACACAAAAUGAACGUAUACUACGUCUCCUAAAGACAACGGAAACAAAAUGCAUUUGA